UUUAUUGCUUUGCAGGGACAAAGUCUCAAAACCCUGUUUUAUCAGAAAACAUUCAUAGUGAAAGUUAGAAAAGAACAAGGCACAGAAAGCAAGAGCAAGUGACCCAAUUCUGUCGGGUAAAAUUAGUAGGCUUCUCUCAGACACCUCAGCUGGUGGAUCACAACUCAACAGACACCUCCGUUGGUGGAUCACAACUCAACAGACACCUCAGCUGGUGGAUCACAACUCAACAGACACCUCAGCUUGUGGGUCACAACUCAACAGACACCUCCGUUGGUGGAUCACAACUCAACAGACACCUCCGUUGGUGGAUCACAACUCAACAGACACCUCCGUUGGUGGAUCACAACUCAACAGACACCUCAGCUGGUGGGUCACAACUCAACAGACACCUCAGCUGGUGGAUCACAACUCAACAGACACCUCAGCUGGUGGAUCACAACUCAACAGACACCUCAGCUGGUGGGUCGCGAAGCAAAAUAUUUGUAUGUCAGUAACAUCAAUGAAGAGUGACCGUUCAAUCGAUUCCCCUUGUUAUUUCAAAGAGAGAGAAAAGGUCUCUCAGCCAAAAGCAGGACCAGGAGAACCAUGUGACAUCUGCUCUGAGCGCAAAGCCAUGAAGCUUUGUCUGACCUGCUCUGUCUACUACUGUGAGAAAUGCGUUAGGAAGCACUUUAUAAUACAAGCACUGAGGAAACACGUCAUAGUGGAUGUCACUGAAGAAGUCGUACUACGGAGAAACAACUUGGAGAAGAAGACGAGAGAGGAACAGGAGGAAGAAGGAAGGAGACAGACAGGAGGAGGGGCUGAGGUGGCAGACGAGGAAGGAGGACAUUAGGGAAUAGGAGAGCGGGCACCAGGAAGAGGGAAGGAGACAGGGACAGGAGGAGGGGCUGAGGUGGCAGACGAGGAAGGAGGACUUUAGGGAAGAAGAGAGGGGGCACCAGGAGACUGCGGAACAACAGUGCAGAGAGGAGGAGAGGGAGAGAGAGAGGGAGAAGCAAUCGAUGGAGGACUCCUAUGGCUAUACCGGCAAGGUCCAGCCUGAGACAUCCAUGGCAGACAGGGCAAAGUCCAAAUCCACUCCUGAGCUGGACCAUGUGGAGAAACCAGAGAUCAAAGUGACGAGCAGUGACGGGCUGGGUGAGGCAUCGUGGAUAAAGGGUCAGCAGAACCUGCCCAAGGCACAGCUGGAGAGGCAGCAGAUCCUGCAGGAGAUGAAAAAGAAAGUCAGACUACGCAACGACAACAGCUGGAUCCGCCAGUGCUCCACCAGCAAGCACCCUGCCGCCGGACCCAUCAGGAAAGGCAAGUCUCUCGACAACCUGGACAUCUGCUCUUCCUGGCACUCGUCGUGGACACCGGAAAGCACCUCCUCCAUCCUCAACUACAGUUGGCCUCACUCUGCCCUCAACACCUACAUCGGCGGGGUCAGAGGUCAUUCCGGCUCAGCCACGAAGUCCUCUCUCUCCAUGAGCUCCCUCAGAGGAGCCAGGGUGGGAAGCAACCAGGCUUCAUGGUCCCAGCGCUCUCCCUCACCCUCCUCCUCUUCCCCUUCUACUGGCCCCAAGUCCCAGUCAUUCCUAUCCGUGCAUGAAAGCAGCAGGACAGUGAGUGGCAAGAGAAUCUGUACGUUCUGUGACACGGCACUGGUCAAGGGAGCCGCCAUGGUCAUCGAGUCCCUGGGGCUCGUUUAUCAUUUGACCUGUUUCAAGUGCAUCAACUGUAAGUCUGAGCUGCUGGGCGCAUCGGAGGUCGGAGCAGAGGUCAGAAUACGGAACCGACGGCUCUUCUGUGACUCCUGCUACAUGAUUCAAAAGUGGACAGUCAACCUCCGUGAGAAAUCAGUCAAAAGAUUUUCAGAAGUAAAGCAAGAUACACCAGCAGUGUUGUUUCAAAUGGGAGCAAAUGAAACAUAGUGGGCAGAACAAGGAGUUUCAAAUUUAGUUUUAAUGUCACAUGCACAGGAUGAAGCAGGUCUAAAACAGUACAGUGAAACAUUAACUUGUGAGCUCUUUCCCAUCAAUGCACAAUAAAGCCAGUGACAUAGAAAUAAAAUAGGACAUGAGAAGAAACAUGAGGAUGCUGUUAAAUACAGGGGUCUGAUAUACAGGUCUCUGAUAUACAGGUCUCUGAUAUACAGGUCUCUGAUAUACAGGUCUCUGAUAUACAGGGGUCUGAUAUACAGGUCUCUGAUAUACAGGGGUCUGAUAUACAGGGGUCUGAUAUACAGGGGUCUGAUAUACAGGUCUGAUAUACAUACAGGUCCGAUAUACAGGGGUCCGAUAUACAGGUCCGAUAUACAUACAGGUCUGAUAUACAGGUCUGAUAUACAGGGGUCUGAUAUACAGGGGUCUGAUAUACAGGUCCGAUAUACAGGGGUCCGAUAUACAGGGGCCCGAUAUACAGGGGUCCGAUAUACAGGUGUAAUACACAGGUCCGAUAUACAGGGGUCCGAUAUACAGGUGUAAUAUACAGGUCUGAUAUACAGGUGUAAUAUACAGGGGUCUGAUAUACAGGGGUCCGAUAUACAGGGGUCUGAUAUACAGGCGUCCGAUAUACAGGGGUCUGAUAUACAGGUGUAAUAUACAUGUCCGAUAUACAGGUCCGAUAUACAGGUGUAAUAUACAGGUACGAUAUACAGGUCCGAUAUACAGGUCUGAUAUACAGGGGUCCGAUAUACAGGGGUCCGAUAUACAGGUGUAAUAUACAGGGGUCUGAUAUACAGGUGUCUGAUAUACAGGUCUGAUAUACAGGGGUCUGAUAUACAGGUCUGAUAUACAGGGGUCUGAUAUACAAGUCUGAUAUACAGGUCUGAUAUGACCUGAGAAUAGGCAUAGUCAGUGCAGAUAGUCUGUGGUAGAGAGGAAGGGUAUUAGUAGUUAUCUAUUCAACAGUUUUAUGCUCUCCAACAGUCUUAUGGCCUGGGGAAAGAAGCUACACUGAACAAAAUGAUAAAUGCAACAUGUAAAGUCUUGGUCCCAUGUUUCAUGAGCUCAAAUAAAAGAUCCCAGAAGUGUUCAAUAUGCACAAAAAGCUUAUUUCUCUCAAAUGUAUUUACAUCUGUGUUAGUUAGCAUUUCUCCUUUGCCAAGAUAAUCCAUCC